AUGUCCUUACAAUCUCUUUUGUCAAGAUCAAUAAGAACCUUUGUGACAAAUACUAAUCCCGCUAAACCAAAUUGGCUACCAAAAAAGCGAGUGUCAAGAGAGACUAUGGAAAAGAUUCGUAGAUGUGCAUUACAGCCUGAUUACAACAUAACAAAGCUGUCCCAAGAGUUCAAAAUAUCAGGAGAAGCUAUUCGCCGUAUACUAAAAUCAAAUUAUCAACCUACACCAGAAGAUGCUAAAAGACAAGAGAAAAAUAGGUACAAGGCAAUGGGUGAAAGACAGCGCGCUUUUAGGACUUUAGGCCGCAAGUAG